GUUCAUUGGUUUGGCCUGCGGCGGCGCAUCUUCAGGGGCGGGGGAGAGGGGGGAGAAUGAGAGGCCUGGCGGCGGCUCAGGACCUGCUCGCCGGCGAGCAUGCUCCGGCGGCUCCCUGGCGUGCGGGGUUGGAUCGGGGCACUAGUGUUUCCCCGCCGCCGCCCCACAGCAGUCAGGGGUUGACGGGGAGAAAGCAGUCGGGCGGCGACGGAGGCGCCGAUGGCUCGGACGACAUCUAUGCGACGACGACGGCUCGGGAGCGGUGAGUGGCCGAUUCAUCUCCUCGCCAGCCCCUCACCCUUCAUAGGUUCAAGAUCUGGCGCCCGCUUCUCCUCGACGCCCAGGACGAGCGGCCGAUCCAGAAAACCAACCUGGUGAAUUGAUUCUUCGUCUAAGAUACGCGCAUACACAAGAAGCAGCCACGCAGACAGCGGAUGGAUUUUUCUUUCAGGAGCGCACACACACAUAUGGAAUGCAAGCCGCCGGUGAAGACAGCUUCAGCGUCACUGCCGAGGAUAGAAUCACGGAAAGGUCAGCUUCAUAUGAAGUUAGGAACCCACCGCAAGGACCACGCUCAGGUACACACAUACAUACAUGUACCAAUAUCGAUAUUGACCGAUGCUUGUGGUUGCAAUUUCAUGUUCGUCGCUGAUGUAUUGAUACUCAUGGUGAGAUAUGGGAUAAUAACUGGGAACCUUUCACCGCUCAAUUCUUACCGGCUGAAUCUUUAUAAGCAAUCUUUUUUCCCUACCCCCCUCUUAUAUUUACAAGAAAUUCAAGAGUGGUAGACAUGUGGUUAUUUGUUAAGAAUCAGGAGCUACUACAUUCUUGAAUAUUGAGACUGUAUUAGUUGGUUUAGGUUAAACUUGAUAAAUGCAAUUUACUUUUUGUUCCAUCUGACAAUUCAGUUGUAUUAUUGAUUUUGACAGUUUUCAGGAAUUUUAACCCGUAUUUGGAUUCUAGCUUCCUCAAUCAUUCUGAAUUAUUUAAUGUUACUAUGAGGUAAAUGUGUUCCCAAGAUUAAACCUGAGAAAUGUGAAGUUGGCCACUUGGGUAUGUUUGAUUUCUUUAAGUACAUGCAGUGACAACCACCAUUGUUCAUGAUCUAUUCUAAAGAUAGAUUAUUAGCAGUGCAGCAUCUCUGCUGGUUUAGUCAAAUACUUCAGCUUGGAUGGUUCUUACUAAUAUUUAAGCCAGCUUCAAUUUUUAGUCUACUCGGUCAUUUUGGAUUACUUUCAGUUUCGGGUGCAUGUCUUUAAUAGAACAACAAACUGAUUUUAGCUGCUAAAAUAAACACUAAACGCUAAUUCCUCAUGUCAACUAUUUGUAGAAGACCAUCCCGCUGGAGGAGAUCCUGAUUAUCGAUGUCAAGCCGGGGUGGAAGAAGGGCACGAAGAUCACCUUCCGAGAUGGAAGGAUCUAAUUUUUCCUGUGCAAGGAUACGAAUGGUUGUGACUUGUGGGGUCGCCCGGGGAGGCGACUGCGGCGGGGAGCAGCGGCACAUUGGCGGACAACAAUACAUGUGUAGAGCACAUCGGCAGCAGCUGCACGUCCACGAUGGAUGAGCAACAAUGUGAAGCAGGUGUAGGUGUGGGGGUAAGGACGUGUCCUGAAACUAGACUUUGAAGAGAAGUUCAUCCGUGUAUGGGAAUUCUACCUUCUAUGCCUCUGGUUUCAGAUCAUGAGCAGUUAGAAAUUACCAGGAAUUGUGAAUAAGCGAGAAAGCUUUUGAAGAUAUCAGUGCAUCAUCUCUUAUGCAACUGCUACUGCAAUUGACUCCUUUCCAAGCACGGGCUUCGGAAUAUCUUCAAAUAAGGGGACUGAUUGACCUAGCCUGCCAGACUAUUGCUAGUAAGAUAAAGGGGAAAUCUCCGCGUGAAAUUUGUAAUAUCUUCAACAUCAAGAGUGUCUUUCCUCCGGAAUUAGAUGGAGAAACGAUAGCAAAGCGAUUGCAAGAUUCUGCAACAUGUUCGAGCGACAAGGAGUUGCCAUGCAGUGAGACCCCAUGUUUAAUUCAAGAGCUCGAAUUCGAGGAAAAGGCUUUGCAGGCUCUUGACAUAGUUCGAUGUCAAGAGUUUACAGGAUACGACCCUAAGGUCAAUGCUUACACCCGUACCCGAUUCGACAUAUUCAACCUAGCCUUCUUUGAGCUUGACAAAGAGUCUGAAUUUUGUCGUGGUCCGCGGCUUAACAUGAUACCUUCACCAAUACGUGACUCGAUCGUAGGAUCGUGUGUAAAUGUCAUUACCUUGAAGGUAAAGGAAUCGGAAGUUGGCUUCCCGAUAAAAGUUUUUGGUACCGUUGUAGCAAGAGACCAGGUAGACUAUAGAUGUGUUUAUCUCUUCAGGCGUGAAAGGGAUGAUCCCCAACUCAUCACCUCGGCGGAUGGCAAGUUAACUUUGAUGGAUCCAUGCCGAGGGCUUGUUCCGGCAGACAGAAUAUAUUUUGAGAUGAAUUUAAAGAUAGUCCAUGAUGGAGGUGAGGUUGAAGAUUUCAGCAAAGGUGUGAUCGUUUUCAACAGAGCCCGCCUCCCUAAUGAUAAGCAGACCAUGGGUGUGAGUCUAAAUAGCUAUCUGAGUAGGGUGGAAGUGAGAUGUGCAUAUGUUGUAUAUCCCAUUGAAGCUACCAUUGAAGUCAAUAUCUUGAAGGGACCGUGUAGUGUCUCAAGAGUUGCUGCCUGGACUACCAAGAAUUAUGAGUAUAGUAUGGAUCUUUACAACAGCGGUGGUGAAGCAGCAGCAGAGAUUGAGGCAGGAGGGACCGUUCCCUUGAGUCGUCGCGUUGUAGCUGUCCCACUUGGUAGAAAGUUGGUGCUCCUUGUCACCGGUCGUAGCGUUGGUGAUGUUUUUGAUAAAAACGUCAUCGCACCUUUAGGACGAUCAACUGAGUUGAUGCAUUAUAAAUUAGGCUCCGCACUUGUGGAGGUGAAACUUGUCUGGACAGCUGUUAUGAUCAAGGACGUGGGAGACGAGAGCCUUUUGAUGUGAUGCGCCUUUUGAUGUGAUGCGGCGGAGCGUCUGUUUGAUGGAUGGAAGACACUUGGGAAAUUAUGAGUCGUAGUGUAUACAGGCAAAAUGUACAGGCAAAAUGCACAGGAUGGAAACCAAGCUGAAAAGUUGUAUCCAAGACAAUUUCAUAGGAUGUAUACAGGCAAAAUGUACAACUGCCAAAGAUGGUAGCGCAAAGGGGAUGCAUGAUUAGCUGACUAGGCGACAGUAUCUAGCCGAGCUGAAGCAAAAUAUUUAAGCUGGAACGCUGUA